GCGACUUCCGCCUCGUAUCGGUUCUAACUUUCAGAUAGCCUUGCGACAAUCUCGAAGACAUUGGUACCCUUGCCUGAUGCCGAGCUGACAUAUGCUACGAAGCACCGUCGAGCUAUGCAACACUGAACAAUACAAGGCUACUUUGUGCGUGCUACUGGGUACAACCCCGCGCGACCACAGAAUCUCCUCUAUUUUGGAACCUGACCCCCAUUGACCACACCAUCCGGGACAGUAAAGAGUGGUUGCAGAAGAUCCCGAGUACGAGUUUCAGAUAUUGCAGCAAGAUGAAGUUGAUCCUCUCUACCUCGAAUAUAAUGUCCUCUGGACAGUCCAUUGUCCGACGGCCGCUGUUUUCCAAAUCUAACGUCGAACUCAUAAACUCCUUGCGCGCAAACUUUGCCUCUUUCCAGCACCAUUGUUCGGCUAGCGCAGAUUCCCAACCACUCAACUAUAGACAAUGGACAACUCAAGAAGAUGACACUCUCUAUGUGCCGUCCUGGCGACCGACGCCUCUCUCUGAGCCUCGAGACUCGUACGAUGUGACUGUCAAGCUCUUUUUUCUUCCAGGUAUUCCGAGCUCGAGGCGUUGUAGACACACCCGAGAUGCAAUCGAUUUAGUUCUCAAAGAGUUGGGCAUCGAAAACAUCGACCUUUUGAUUGUCAGUUUCCCUGGUGUAACAUUCGAUGCCGAUGAUGAAGAGGAGGUCUCAGCGGACGAAGAUGAAAGCGCCGGUAGUGACGAGUCUGAGGGUCUGGACGCCCAAUUGAAGACAUGGCAGGUCCUGGAAUCCUUGCAUAACAAAGACGUUAUAUCGCAGCUGGGCGUCUCGGAAUUUAGCUCAGAGCGCCUAAGCAAAUUCUUGCCCGAGGUCAAAGUGCGGCCGACAGUGGACCAGAUCAAUGUCAAGGACUGUUGUGUUGUGCCCAAAUCGCUGAUCAUGUAUGCCAAGGAGAAUAAGAUUGAGCUGCUCACCCAUGCUGAUUGCAUGGACAUCCUGCCGCCUGGGACGACGAGGGAGUUGCUAGGUCCGGGCAAAGAUGGAGCUGGAAUCAUUGCUCCACAUCCAGACGCUGGUCCUGAAGAGCCUGGCCUGAAAGGCGAUAUUGAGCCACAGUGGGUGGUCAAAUAUACCGCUGUGGUCAAGAACCGUGGUGUGAUCGAAAACAAAGGAUAUUUCGCGGUUGCUCAGCUGGGCAGCUGCAUCGAGGAGAAGCCGGUGGAGAUCUCAUAAACCUGUGGCGGGGGCAUUUUGGAUAUGUUUUAGCAUGGCGUUGGUGCGAUGAAGAACGUCGAAGAUGUUUUCAACCGAUCAUACUUCUCUUUCUGCCUCUCAAUCUGACUUCCUCAAGCCUC